GUAGAUGGCCGUAUCAGUCUUGACGGUGCGGUGUGAGGGUUUUAUUGCGAACAAGUCCUCUGUUUUGCGGGUCAGUCGAGAGGUGAUCAGUGAGCCAUCAGCAUCAAGGCGCGAAUUCGCCCACUUGUCAUUUCAAUUGCAGUUCAGAAUUUUUCCAUCAAGAAGGUAGAUAAUGGCUGGCUCCAGCAUCAAGGAGAAGCUGGGCGUGGAGGAGAUUACGCGGGGAAUCUGGAGGGCGCUACUCGCCGAAUUCCUUGGCAACUUGCUCCUUAACUUCUACGGGUGUGCGAGUUGCAUAAGCAUUGGAGACAGCGCGAAGGGUCCAGUGCUGGUCUCCCUCACUUUUGGGCUUGUCAUCAUGGCCAUUGUCCAGUCCAUAGGGCACGUAAGCGGGGCCCAUGUGAACCCGGCGGUGACAUGUGGCAUGCUGGUUACUGGAAAUAUCUCCAUCCUCAAAGCCCUUCUCUACAUUACUGUGCAGUGCCUUGGUGCAGUUGCAGGCACAGGCGUGCUAAAGGCUCUAACACCACAUUACGCACAGAGUAAGUUGGGCAUUACUGUACUCACCCAUGGUGUGACACCCGUACAAGGCUUUGGCAUCGAGUACUUCCUCGGAUUUGUGCUUGUACUAGUGGUAUUUGGAGUGUGUGAUGUGAAUCGCUCUGAAGUGAAGGGACUGGCUCCUGUUGCCAUUGGGCUUACCAUUGCCAUGGGCCACCUCGCUGUACUGGAUUACACAGGUUCCAGCAUGAAUCCUGCACGCACUCUUGGUUCUGCUAUACUCACAGGAAUAUGGGAUAACCAUUGGGUAUACUGGCUGGGGCCCAUACUUGGAGGAAUCUCAGCUGCCUUGAUCUAUAAGCAUGCUUUCUCUGCAGUCCCCAUUGAGAGAACCACAGAAUACACUCCAGUACAGUUGAAACGGCUGGACAACAAGAAAGACGAGGAUGGAAUGGCUUGAGCACAUUGGAUGCAAUGACUUCAGCUGAUCUGCUGUUCCACAUGGGCUUGUUCAGUAAAAUAAUUAUUGAACACAUCAUAGGAUGAUCAGCAAAAUGCUCUCAAUUAUCCAAAGAAAGAAUUACUGUAAACAGAUAUUUCUGAAACACACAGCUUUCUCUGCAUUGGAACAAAAUUUAGUGUUGUGGACUAUACAAGCAAUUUCAAGUGAUGUUUCAUACACUGGCUUAUUAAGCUUAGUGCAACAAAGCAUACAUGAGAGUGACUAUUUGUGUGAAGCUGAAGCAUUCAUAUAUCAUAACAGUCCCUCCUCAAUUCUUGUCAAAUAAAAUUUAAUCAGAGCCUGUUCUUCUAAUCCAACCCUUUUUAAGAACACAAACCUUAGCCAUCCUAAAACAUAUGUGGGUUUGUUUUGUUUGUUGGGUUCCUUCAAGCUGACAGCAGACAUCUCCAACUAUAUUUAUAUCAUGUGUCCAUUUAUGUGCUUUUUUGUGUUUGCCAGUUACUAUUUAAGUGCAUAAAUGAAAUUUGUUGCUUACAUCAAACUACAAAUGCAGUAUGGAACAUUUCUUAUGUUACAAUAAACAGCAAGGUGCUGUUGAGCUAAAUUUUUUACUAUGAUUUAAUAACGGAUUUUAGUCUAUCCAUGCGAAUCACAAAAGAUUAAUGGAAUUGCUCUGUUCAUAAUUUUUUACAUUUUAUAUUUGUUAAUCCUAACACAGCACUAUUAAACAUUCAUGAAUAUAUACUUUCAAAAGUUAAUAAAUAUAACUUGCUGGUCACCUACAAAGCAACAAAAAAAUCCAAUAACAUGACAAACAUUAUAGGUGAAGAAUUUGUAAGAACAACUUAAAUAACAAUGAACAAAGUUAACAAAGGACAAGUACCUUAACAUUACAUGUAGGCGACUAGAUUUUGACGUACAUGCUAAAAUUAAGAAAUCAGAAAAUCACACAGUGUAACAGUGUUGCAUUAAAAUGUUUCCUCAUAAACAAAAACAAGUUAACUGAAAUUUUUAUGUAAAAAUUUGGCUCAACAUAUUAAAAAACCUUAAGUAUAUGCCAAAACAUACAGUAUAAUAAAAUGCAUUUCAAAUACCAACAAAUUUUAAGUAUAUAAUCAAUCUUAUUUCACAUUUUGUCACUUCACACUCAAUUUCAUUUUUUUUAGUAAGUCAUAUACUCCCAUUCUCUAAUUCUUCUUUCAUGUGAAUAUAACUCUAUGAAAAAAAAAUCCUUUCAGAAUAAAAACAUAGUAUUAAGUUAAUUAAUACACAACACUAUCUUCAAUGAGAAAGUGAAAUAAUUGUCAGCAACAAGCAGACUUUCUUUAAAAAGUUUGACAUUUUUAAGAAAGGUUUCCAAUAUGCUUUAAGAAAGAAUAUAUUUAUAAAUAUUUGAAAUUGUGUACAAGUGUUUGUCCUGGAGAAUGUUAUUUUGAAUGUUGAGACAAACCCUGUAAAUAAAGCUUAUCACUGAACUUAAUACGUAAUUAUGACUAUGAUGUACUUUUCCCUUAUAAUAAACAAACAUUAAAUGCAUAUGCACCUA